AUGGCGUCCGGCAACACCUACCCCAACCUCUUCCGCUCCGAGGAGAUGAGCCUCGUGCAGCUCUACAUCCCCACCGAAGUCGCCCAUGAUACAGUCUACGAGAUUGCAGAGAUGGGCAACAUUCAGUUCAAGGACCUCAACCCCCAGCUCUCCGCCUUCCAGCGCCCCUUCACCCCGCGUCUCCGUCGUCUCGGCGAGAUGGCACGCCGUGUUCGCCUCUUCAAGUCACAGAUUGCUGCCCUCGAGCCUCCCAUCGGUAUCCCACCUCUCUCGGCCAUCCCGCCCUUCCCCAUGGUCGGCCCUCGCUCCCAGAGCGCCUUUGAUGAGCUCGACGAAAAGCUCAAGGAGCACGAACGCCGACUCGCCGAGAUGAACCGCUCGUGGGAGGACCUUGGCAAACGCAAGGGCGAGCUCGAGGAGAAGAAGUGUGUCCUCAAUGAGACUGCUGGCUUCUUCAAUGAGGCCGAGCACCGUCACACCGAAAUCCGCACCUCGUUCGAUGCCGACGACGGCACCACGCCUCUCCUCGAGGCUGCCGCCGAGUACGGCAACAUUCCCGGCGAGUCGACGCUUGCGGGCUUUGACCUCGAGUUUGUCGCCGGCACCAUCGAGCGCACCCGUAUGCCCACGUUUGAGCGCAUUCUUUGGCGCGUCCUCCGUGGCAACCUUUACAUGAACUACUCGGAGAUUGAGACUCCCUUCGUCGACGCAACCACCGGCGUCCACACGUACAAGGAUGUCUUUAUCAUCUUUGCUCACGGCGAGGAGCUCCUCGCCAAGAUCCGCAAGGUCGCCGAGUCGAUGGGUGGUACCCUCUACACCGUUGACUCUGCCCCGGACAAGCGCGCCGACGCUCUCCGUGAGACUCAGACCCGUCUCGAAGACGUUGACGCUGUUCUGUACAACGUCGGCCAGACCCGCCGUGUUGAGCUCAGCAAGAUUGCCGAGGGUCUGGAGGCCUGGCGGGAGGCUGUGCGCCGCGAGGAGGAGAUUUACCGCACGAUGAACCUCCUCUCGUAUGACCAGGGCCGCAAGACCCUUGUCGCCGAGGGUUGGUGCCCUACGCGCGAUAUUACCGCUGUCCAGCUCGGUCUUCGCCGCGCAACCGAGACGGCUGGUACGUCGGUGCCGCCCAUUCUGUCCGAGGUUCGCACCCACCAGACCCCACCCACGUACCACCGUACCAACAAGUUUACGGAGGGUUUCCAGGCCCUCAUCGACUCGUACGGUAUGGCCACGUACCAGGAGGUCAACCCGGGACUUUUUACCGUCAUUACCUUCCCCUUCCUCUUUGCCGUCAUGUUCGGCGACAUUGGCCACGGUAUCCUCGCCCUCCUUUCAGCCAUUUUCAUGAUUACCUUUGAGCGCCGUCUCCAGUCGGCUGGCCUCGACGAAAUGACUGGCAUGUUCUUUUACGGUCGCUACCUCGUCCUCCUCAUGGGCUGCUUCUCGAUCUUUACCGGUUUCAUGUACAACGACAUCUUCUCCAAGUCGCUCCACAUCUGGGGUUCCGGCUGGGAGUGGCCCCAGCACGAGGCCAACGCUACAGUUAUUGCCGAGAGGACCGGCAGCAUUUACCCCUUCGGUCUCGACCCCAACUGGCACGGCGCUACCAACUCCCUCGUCUUCACCAACUCGUACAAGAUGAAGAUGUCCAUCAUCAUCGGUGUCCUCCACAUGACUUUUGCCACAUGCCUUCAGGUGCCCAACCACAUUCACUUCAAGAAGGUCCGCAACAUUUGGGCCGAAUUUGUGCCCCAGGUCAUCUUCAUGUGGUGCUUGUUUGGCUACCUGAUCAUCUGUAUCAUCUGGAAGUGGGCCACCGAUUGGACCCAGUCCGAGCUUCCUCCUCCCGGUCUCCUCAACAUGCUCAUCUUCAUGUUCCUCUCACCCGGAACUAUUGUCGACGGCACGCGCCUGUACGCUGGCCAGGGCUUUGUCCAGACCUCCCUCCUCCUCAUUGCUGUCGUCUGUGUUCCCUGGAUGCUUUGUGCCAAGCCCUACUUGGCCUGGAAGGACCACCAGAAGAUUGCCGGCCAGGGCUACCAGGGCCUCGCCCAGACCCACGACAACGGCCGCCCUAGCACCUCCACCGACGCUGACCUCGAGGAGGAGGAGGAAGGUGCCGGCCAGGCUGUUGCCCACGACGAUGGCCACGGAGGCUCCGGCGAGUUUGAGAUCGGAGACGUCAUUAUCAACCAGAUCAUCCACACCAUCGAGUACUGCCUGGGCUGUAUCUCCAAUACCGCAUCGUACCUCCGUCUCUGGGCCCUGUCGCUUGCCCACGCCCAGCUCUCCGAGGUGCUGUAUGGCAUGACCCUCGAGAACGCCUUCCUGUACGAAGGCGGUGUCAUUGGCGGCACGUUUGCGGUCGUGUUCAUGUUCGGCAUGUGGUUUGUCCUGACCCUUGCCAUUCUCUGUCUUAUGGAGGGUCUCUCGGCCUUCCUCCACGCCCUCCGUCUCCACUGGGUCGAGUUUAGCUCCAAGUUUUACAUGGCUGGCGGCUACCCCUUCACCCCCUUGUCGUUUGUCGUCGACGACCUUGACGAUGUCCCGGCGUAG